AUGGCCUCCACCAUCUCUGUGCGCGGCUACUCCAUACGCCAGCCUUCCUUCUCCAGCAUGUCUGUGAGGGACAGCGGACGCAGCAUCCGCUCCAAGCCUGCCGUCUCACCUCUGUCCACUGCCAGCACCCUGUGUCUGUCCCGCUCCGUCUCAGUGGGCAACGGCCUGAACAUGCUGGGCUCCAGCUUCUCCCUCAACGGCCUUGGUGUCGGCGCCAGCGAGAAGGAGACCAUGCAGGGCCUGAACGACCGGCUGGCCAACUACCUGGACAAGGUGCGCUCACUGGAGAGGUCCAACGCUGAACUGGAGGUGAAGAUCAAACAGCUCAUGCUGGAGAGGGCUCCAAGAGGACAUGACAUCGAGGGGAUGAUGGCCCAGGCACAUGCCAUCGGGCAGGAGGUGAGAAAGAAGACGCUGGAGAACGCUCGUAUCAUGCUGGAGAUUGAUAACGCCAAGCUGGCAGCCGAUGACUUCAGGGUCAAAUGGGAGGCAGAGGCCACCUUGUGCCAGUCAGUGGAGAGGGACUGUCAGGCACUGAGGAGAGCAAAGUCUGACCACGACCAGAUGAUCGGCACUCUGCGAGGAGACCUGGACAGCCUGAAGGAGGAGCUCUACUUUCUCAAGAAGAAUCACGACGAGGAGGUGAGCUCCCUCAAGGCGCGACUGGCCAACGAGCAGGUGAAUGUGGAGGUGGAUGCGGCUCAGGGUCCUGAUCUGGGGGCCAUACUCGCGGAGCUGAGGGUCCAGUAUGAGGGCAUCGCUCGCAAGAACAAGGAGGAGACCGAGGCCUGGUACCUCAAGAAGUUAGAAGCCGUGCAGUCAGAAGUCAAAGAAAGCAACGAAGCUUUGCGUUGUGCCCAAAGUGAGCUCAGUGAGAGACGACGUUUCCUGCAGGCUCUGGAGGUCGAGCUUGAUAGUCUUCGCAAACAGAUAGGUGUGUUGGAGGGAAACCUGGGAGAAACGGGGCACAAAUACUCUUUGGAGAUGGACCGUCUUCAGGCCACGCUCACCCAGCUGGAGGAUGAGCUGUCUCAGCUGCGUUUGGACAUGCAGCGCAACAAGACCGACUACGAACAGCUGCUGCGCAUCAAACAGAACUUGGAGAUGGAGAUCGCCACCUACAGGAGGCUGCUGGAAGGAGAGGAAGUGGUGAAAGAAACACUUCCACCUCCUAAAAAAGACCCUGAUGUAAGGACCAGGAAGAUUGUAAAAGUCGUUACUCAGACCAUGAUCAACGGCAAAGUGGUAGAUGAGUCCAGCGAGGUGGAGCAAAUUGAAGAACGCAAAAAAUGAGCCAAAGCGUGUGCAGAGAAGGAGCAGUGAUGUCUGUUAAACCCCAAGUGCCUGCUGACUGUGGAUCGAAUUUUGCCACAACGCUCGUUUUAUAUCUUCCUUAUUAUAUCUCAAGUUUUAAUGCCUCAAGCUUGGCAAAAAUCUGAUCUGAAGAUGAAAUUGAAGUUCAGUCAAAAAUAUGUUCAUCCUUUUCAGCAACAUGAUAUAUUUCUGUACAUAUUAAGAUUAAAAUUGAAGAGGAAACUCAUAAUCAUCAUAUAAUAAUCUGUUUGAUAGUACAUUUCAGAAGAAAUAUCUGUAGAUCUUGGACUUGAUGAAACGUGAAAUGCUGUGGAAUGAAUAACAUUGUUUGAUCUGCCAAAAGAUCCUCCCUCAAAGGUCCACUUACUAGCUUUUUUCAGGGCUUUUAACUACAUCUCACAGUCCUCUCCAGCAGAUGGAGAUUGUUCAGUUGUCAUCAAAAUUUGAAACAUCUGGGA